AUGCCAGCAUACGAAGAUCCUCCUCCACCGUACGAGGCCAGCUCCUCCACUUCCUCACAGCCUCAACCGGCCCAUACCACAGAGAUUCCUCCACAAAACACAAACAACCUCACUGUACCCCUCAGAUCCCGUAAUGGAAUUCCACCUGAAGAGAGGCGUAGCAUGGAGGAUUCUGCCCGAGCCCUCCCCAACGGCUGGGUGAGGCAAUACGAUACAGAGACGCACCAUCAAUUCUUCGUCGACACUACGGCCACCCCUCCGCGCUCCAUCUGGCACCAUCCCUAUGACGACGAACAGUACCUAGCCUCAUUACCUGAAAGCGAGAGGGAUCGCAUCAAGAGCAUGCAGCGCGUACACAGCCUAUCCGACAUCGAAGCCGAGAGCAGCGACGACGACGCCGCCCACGGGCACGGGCACGGCCAACCCGCAGGAGGGGCAGCCGGGGCACAGCAGCCCGGCCUCCUGGACACGGGCCCGGAGAAGCUCUCCAAGCCCGAGAAGUUCGGCCGCAAGCUCAAGGACAAGCUCACCAGCUCGACCCACCAGGAGCGCGCGGCCAAGCGCCAGAGGCGCGCCGAGGCCGAGCGGGAGGCGUACUACCAGCAUCAGCACAUCCGGCGACAGAUCGGGCGCGCCGUCGAGACCGGGGAACCGCAGCUGCUGGGCCGGGACAGCGAGGGCAAGGAGGUGUGGAUCGAGCCACCGCGUGGCGCGCCUCUCAGGCGUGACAACGCGUAUUCUGUCAAUCCGUGGAACAGGGGAGGGUACUUUGGGGGCCCUCCAGGUAUGAUGGCAGGCCCUGGUAAUAUGUAUACGAGGCCGGUCGGCCCUUAUAACAGGCCUUAUGGUCGUGGAGGCUAUGGUUACGGUUACGGUGGUGGUCUAGGUAUGGCUCCUCUGUUGGGACUGGGCGUUGGGUUGGGCGUGGGUAGUCUGUUGUUUUGA